GGAAGCACCAUCUUCUCAAGGGCUGCGUCGCGUCAACACACUGCGACAUCCGCUACACGCGUCGUAAACAAGGCCAAUCGGCAUUUACCUCCUGAGACACCCAAGUCCUCCGUCUUCCCAAGUCCACCGUCAGAGCCGACCAUGGCAAGCUCCCAGAGCCCAACCAAUGCGGCCGAUCGCCCCCGUCUUACCGAGGCGCAGAAGAAGUCGAACCAUAUCAAAUCUGAGCAGAAGCGUCGCGAGGCCAUCCGGGAGGGCUUUGAUCGACUUGCCUCCAUCGUUCCAGGUAUGGAGGGUCAAGGCCGCAGUGAGGCCGUUGUUCUAGAUGCCACCGUCAGGUACCUUCGCGAGCAGAUCGUCGCGCGCAACAACAUCAUCGCCGAGGCACAGGCUCAGGGCAUCGACACCACUGGCUGGGAGCUAUCAGACGACACUCUGAAAGCUUGUGAGACUCAGCUCAAGCGCGUCAAAGAGGAGGAUCAGCAGAAUGGAGGCGGGCCCAAGGACUAGACACUGAGUACGCGGGGGGAUUGACUUCGCCGUAAUAGUGCGCAUGGAAGAAACUCGGUAACGCGCACAAACGUGCGCUGAGAAGACGGAACCAAGCAGCUAGGGUCGCCUGGCUGGCUGGACAUACAUUUGUAUUCACGAAUGCGAAGAAGAACAGGGUCUAGCCAUAGUUCGAGUUCCCCUCGGGUCUCGACACAGUAUCCGUGGUUGAAUACCACAAUGUGUUCGCGGCUACACACUACACGGGUCAGUCGCAUUGGGUACGAAUAAUCGAAUCACAUUUCGU